AUGGGCUGGGCUAUAGCUCUACACGGUGGUGCCGGAGACAUCCCCUUUUCAUUGCCACCGGAACGCCGCCAGCCUCGAGAGGAAGCCCUCCGCCACUGCCUCCAAAUCGGGGUUGAGGCUCUUAAAGCCAAGAUGCCUCCUUUGGAUGUUGUAGAGCUUGUGGUUCGUGAAUUAGAAAAUAUUCCACACUUCAAUGCGGGUAGGGGAUCUGUGCUGACCAACAAAGCCACGAUUGAAAUGGAGGCUUCUAUUAUGGAUGGCAGCACAAAAAGAUGUGGAGCUGUUUCUGGGAUCAAAACAGUUGUCAAUCCCAUUUAUUUAGCAAGAUUGGUCAUGGAGAAGACUCCUCACAUAUAUCUGGCAUUUGAUGGAGCUGAGGAAUUUGCCAAAGAACAAGGUGUUGAGACCGUAGAUCCCAGCCAUUUUAUUACUGCAGAAAAUGUUGAGAAACUACAGCAGGCUAAAGAAGCCAACAGGGUCCAGAUCGAUUAUACUCAACCCAUCCAAAAUGGAACCAAGGAAGAAACACCAAUUGUUGCUAAUGGUGAUAGUCAACUAGGAACUGUUGGGUGUGUGGCUGUUGAUAGUAAUGGGAACCUAGCUUCUGCUACAUCCACUGGAGGAUUAGUGAACAAAAGGGUUGGUCGUAUUGGUGACUCACCUAUCAUAGGUGCUGGGACAUAUGCCAACGAGCUUUGUGCUGUCUCAGCAACAGGGAAAGGUGAAGCAAUACUACGUGCCACUGUUGCAAGAGAUGUUGCUGCCUUGAUGGAGUUCAAAGGUGUUUCUCUUAAGGAAGCUGCUAAUUGUGUUGUACAUGAACGCACACCAAAGGGCACUGUUGGUUUGGUUGCUGUUUCUGCUGCAGGAGAAUUGGCAAUGCCUUAUAACACAACAGGCAUGUUCCGAGCAUGUGCCACUGAAGAUGGAUAUUCAGAGGUUGCAAUUUGGUCUGCUACCUAA